AUGAGUCCCCUCGACUAUCUCCAUUUGACUCUGCUGAUCAUUGGACCAAUUGCUCUUCUUGUUGGAUGCGGUGGAAAGAAGAAAGCACCACCACCAAAAUCGGCCUCCAAGAUGGCACCACCUCCACCGGCUCCUGUUGCUCCCGCUGCUCCAGAUGCUGCCGACGCAGCUCCGGAUGCAGCUGCUGCUCCAGCUGCUGAUGGUGAAAAGAAGGACGGUGAGAAGAAGAGUGAGAAGAAGGAUGUAGAAGAAAAGAAGGAUGAAAAGAAGGAAGGAGAUGAGAAGAAGGAUGGAGAGAAGAAGGAAGAAGAAAAGAAGGAUGGUGAUAAGAAGAGUGAGAAGAAGGAAGGAGAUAAGAAGUCGGAGAAGAAGGACGAAAAGAAGGAAGAUGAUAAGAAGGAAGGAGACGACAAGAAGGAUGGAGAGAAGAAGGACGAGGAGAAGAAGUCUGACAAGAAGGAUGACAAGAAGAACGAGAAGAAGGAAAAGUCUAAGAAAUCCAAGAAGUCCAACAAGUCAAAGAAAUCAAAGAGGGAAAAGAAGGACGGUGAUAAGAAGGACGACGAAAAGAAGGAUGAUGACAAGAAGGAAGACGAUAAGAAGGACGAAAAGAAGGAUGACGAGAAGAAGGACGACGAGAAGAAGGACGACGACAAGAAGGACGACGAAAAGAAGGAGUAG